UGUGGCAACGUCCCAGCAAAGUACCGACUGAGUGCAUCAAUAAAAUGCUGGCUCGCUGUGCCCUGAGGCAGCUGCAGAGAGUGUCAGUGACGUGUGCGGUCGGCUUUGGCCAUGCAGCGGCGAUGCCAGUGGCCAAUCUCAGAGGCUACCAUGUGAGCGGCCUGCAGUUGGCACCCAGCAAACGGACCAAACUUGAGUUGAAGCGCCGCCUGAAGGCUGAGCAGAAGGCCAAGGAGAAGGCCGAGAAGGAGGCCAUCCGUGCGGCGGCUGCUCCGGCUGCUGAGGAGGGUGCCCAGAAGAAGAAGUCCGCUGCCGCCGAUGAGGAGGAGAUCUCCCCCAAUGAGUACUUCAAGCUGCGCUCGGCCGCCGUCCAGGAGCUGAAGCAGUCGCCGGACACGCAUCCCUAUCCACACAAGUUCAAUGUCAGCAUCUCCCUGGAGAACUUCAUUGAGCAGUAUGCCGGCCUGACGGACGGCGAGACCCUGGAGAAUGUUACCCUGAGCGUGGCUGGCCGCGUGCACGCCAUUCGGGAGUCGGGGGCCAAGCUCAUCUUCUACGAUCUGCGCGGCGAGGGCGUCAAGAUUCAGGUGAUGGCCAGCGCCAAAUCGUACCAGCCGGAGGCCGCCUUCGAGCCGGACACGGCCAAGCUGCGGCGCGGCGACAUAAUCGGCGUCAAGGGGCAUCCGGGCAAGACCAAGAAGGGCGAACUCUCCAUCAUGCCCACGGAGAUCAAGCUGCUGUCCCCCUGCCUGCACAUGCUGCCGCAUCUGCACUUCGGACUCAAGGACAAGGAGACGCGCUACCGCCAGCGCUAUCUCGACCUCAUACUCAACAACAAAGUGCGCGAAAAUUUCCAGAUUCGUGCCAAGAUCAUUUCCUAUGUCAGACAGUUCCUGGAUCGCUUGGGCUUCCUGGAGAUUGAGACGCCCAUGAUGAAUAUGGUGGCCGGUGGGGCGACGGCCAAGCCCUUCGUCACACAUCACAACGAAUUGAAGAUGGACCUGUUCAUGCGCAUCGCCCCGGAGCUCUACCACAAAAUGCUGGUGGUGGGCGGACUCGAUCGCGUUUACGAGAUUGGGCGGCAGUUCCGCAAUGAGGGCAUCGACCUCACCCACAAUCCAGAGUUCACGACGUGCGAGUUCUACAUGGCGUACGCGGACUAUGCCGACGUGAUGGACAUCACCGAGCAGAUGGUCUCGGGCAUGGUCAAGUCGAUACGCGGCUCCUACAAGAUCAAGUACCAUCCGGAGGGUCCCGAGGGGCCCGAGCAGGAGCUCGACUUUACGCCCCCCUUCAAGCGCGUCUCGAUGAUCAAGACGCUCGAGGAGAAGCUCAAGGUGCAGUUCCCCUCCGCUGAGACCUUUAACACGCGCGCCACCACCGAUUUCCUCUCGCAGCUGUGCGUGAAGCAUCAGGUCGAGUGCCCGGCGCCGCGCACCACCGCCCGCCUGCUGGACAAGCUGGUGGGGGAGUUUAUCGAGGAGGACUGCAUCAAUCCGACGUUCAUCUGCGAACAUCCGCAGAUCAUGUCGCCCCUGGCCAAGUACCAUCGCAGCGCACCCGGACUCACCGAGCGCUUCGAGCUGUUCGUCGCCAAGAAGGAGAUCUGCAACGCCUACACCGAGCUGAACGAUCCCGUGGUACAGCGUGAACGUUUCGAGCAGCAGGCCAGCGACAAGGCUGCCGGCGAUGACGAGGCUCAGAUGGUCGACGAGAACUUCUGCACGGCCCUCGAGUACGGCCUGCCACCCACUGGGGGCUUUGGCAUGGGCAUCGAUCGUCUGACCAUGUUCCUCACCGACUCGAACAACAUCAAGGAGGUUCUCUUGUUCCCUGCCAUGAAGCCGGAGGAGGCCAAUCGCACCCCAGCAGCUGGCACAGCAGCCGAGGCCGUCCCGGAGGCCGCUGUUAAGCAGUAGGAUUACGAUCCGAGAUGAUGAGAUGAUCCGACGACUCAGUCGUGAUGUAAUAUUACUUGUAUUCUGGUCCCAGUUGUGCCCCCUCACAAGACCUUAACUUAUUCAACGAAUAAACACAAACAAUUUAUUUUCCAAUUCGA